AUGGAAGGUGAGAGGACAAAGUACGCCAACUCUAUUUUGGUGUCGAAGGGGCCUCUAGAGGCUACCGAGAUUAUCCGGCUGCGGCUAUCGCAAGCCAAGCUCAUUAACAAGAACUUUUAUCUGCUCUUCCGUGAGCUCUCGGAGAUGAAGCGCAACUACGCGCAGCAAUUGCGCAAGGUGAUUGCCGAGAACGAGCACCUGGAGAAGAUGCUUGCUCGCGACAUGCUGGAAAACAGAGUGCUGACAGCUGAGGAGCUGCGUAACUUUCAAUUCGACUCCUUGGGGCCGCUCAAGCAAAUGUGGGCCGGCGUUUUCGACGCGCUAAAGCUCGAGCUGCAGACUUCAACCGAUCUGUAUCACACGCUCGACCGCGACGUGAUCGCCAAUUUGAAGGAUUUCACGGAAAAGGACCCUCGCUGGAACCAGAGCAGGCACCUCCACUCAUCCUUAUCUAAGAUCGCGGUUGACAUUGAGAGGUCUGGCCGGGAGUCCGGUGCCUCUGAAAAGAAGAACUUGCAGGAAGCCAGUUCCCAAUGGGACUCCCAGGCUGCAGAUUUGUUUGAGCUCUUCGAGUCUACAGACUACCACCGGCUCUUGUGUCUUAAGAACUGUUUGCUGACAUACCAAAGUGGGCUUGGAGACUACCUAGCGCAAAACACCCAGAAGAGCGAGGAAGUUAUGGCACAGAUACUCGGUUUUGAUCCAGAGCGCGAGAUCGACCGUUUUGCACGGGACGCCUCUAGUUACAACUUCCGGUUCAAAGCCCCAGCUUUUCCCGUGGACGAAGCGCCCUCGUCAGCUUCGCACAAAAAGGAGCCCCGCUCCGCUAAGAACGGUCACAAUGCGCUUGGAGGCAUUGCCAACAGGCUCUCCUCCUCUGGAACGGUGGUGAAGCACGACUUGAUGAAGUCGGAAUUUUCGGACUCCUCAAACAAUAGCUCUCUGAAGCAGAAGAAAUCUUCCAACAAGCUCAAAUCCAAGAUGGGCUCGAUAUUCGGAAGGAACAAACUUAAGUCAAAAAAGUCCGACCGGCUUCAGGAUAACGUCAUUGCAGAAAGCGAGACGUCUUCAGUGAGGACAGACGACUCUGGCACGCGUACAAGAGGAUCCUCUACCCCUGCGCCAAGUCCCCUGAAAGAUACCGUAAACAAGAGCGGUUUGACCUCCGAGUCCAGGAACGGAAGCUCGGCUGAGCGCCCUCCUAGACUCACGUCUGCAGCCACUGCCUCGACUCUGUCGAUUCACCAGCCUCCACUUAAGCCACAGCAGCGGGAGAAGCCCCCUCCAGCCGAAGCAACCCCAGUUGGUCCCGCAGCCUCAACUGACGCAUUAACGGCUAAUGAUGCUGCCAAGACGGUUCCUCCACUUCAUGUGCAGGCCCCACAUGGCGCUCAAAUUCCAGUCCAGGCUCCUGCUCAGGCACAGGCUCAGGCUCAGGCACAGGCACAGGCUCAGGCUCAGGCUCAGGCUCAGGCUCAGGCUCAGGCUCAGGCUCAGGCUCAGGCUCAGGCCCCUGCCCCACCACCCUCCAGAAAGACGGGCCCCGCUCUGCAAUCCACCGCUCCCAGGGAGCCUCACGGUUCUGUCCCCGCCCCAGCAACAGUGAAUAGACGCGACGUCCAGUCGAAGUUGUUUACGGACCUUUCUCAGGCAGACAUUGACGCUCAACAAAACAGGCGUCUUUCAUCGCUCUCUUCGCAGAUGACUGGCGAGCUCAAGGCACUCAACCCUCAGUCAACGGGUUCGUCUUUGACGCAUUCCGUAUCGAUUGGACAAUCAAUUUUCCACCAUUCCGAGUUAACCUCUUUCGGGCUUAACGCGAGUGUUGCUGAAGUGAUUAACGCCACAUACAAAGAUGGUGUUCUCGCUUCGUCUCAGCUAAUAGGUGAAGUUGCACUGAACUAUCUAGCUGACGACCAAGAACUUCCGAUAGACAUCAACUUGAAAAUGAACAAUUUCAACAGCUUCGAAAAAGUCAUUGUGAACCAAGCAUUCAUUGAACAAGUCCAGCCAGAAAUUUAUAAAAUAAAUCCUCGUUUCAUUCAGUCCAGGACGCUUGGUGCAUUCAAAUAUUCCUUAGCAGACCCGGUGGCUCCUCUUGUCAUCCAUCCAGCGUUGAGGUUUGAGGACCACCAAGCUAGCGUUGUUCUCACGCUAAAAAUUGCCCCUAACGUAGACUCGUUUGUUCAAGAGUUGACCUUAGAUGAUCUCAUAGUCUUUGUUUCCAUCGAAGGCGCGUCGGCCACAAGUGCACUGUCAAAGCCUCAAGGCUCCUUCAGUAAAGAGAAAAAAAGAAUAACAUGGAGAUUCUCCGAGCCAGUGACUAUCAAGAAAGGCGGAGAAGAGAGGUUAAUCGCAAGAUUCAUGACGGAUGGAAGAGCUCAUGAAUCUUCGAAAGGUGUUGGCGCAAAGUUCACGAUCAAGAGCUACCAAUUUGGAAGCGCUUUGGACAUGGAAAGCCAAGAGGUUGACGCCGACGAUCCAUUUGCCGCUAAUGCGGGUUGGAAGCCUGUCACAACAAAGCGGACUUUGGUGGCAGGGAACUAUAUGGGCUUAUCCCAGUGA